AUGUGAGCGGUGUAGAGGAGUGAUGCUCUUCUCCGAUAUCGAAAUUUCGAUCUGAGGAAAAGGCAAAAGAAAAGUGGGAAGAAGAAUCGAAGAUGGGAGAUUCGAGGUCGUUUGCGGAUGGAUUCAAGGGGUUCUGGGAGGAGAGGUUGUCGUUCCUGGAGAAUUACACGAGGUUCACCAAACGCGACACGCCUCUUCCUUCUUGGUCUUCCUCCGACGUCGAGGAGUUUAUAGCUUCCGAUCCCGUUCAUGGACCCACCCUGAAAACAGCUAGGGAAGCUGCGACUUUUGGUGUUACUGGAGCUGCACUUGGAGCUCUAUCUACUGCUGCUUUUGCCUGGAGAUACUCUAAGAGUCCACACGGUGCUGCAUUGUCCUUCUUAGGAGGCGGUGUUUUUGGUUGGACCUUUGGGCAAGAAGUUGCGAACCACACCUUGCAGCUCUAUAAGCUGGACACAAUGGCUGCUCAAGUUAAGUUCAUGGAAUGGUGGGAGCGCAAGACUCAAUGAAGGUCAUGAAUAAAUCCCAAAUAACAAAGAGGCGUGCUAUCUUGCAAACAGCUUGAAAUGCAAUAAAUAGUUUAAAUCCAUUUCCAGACUUUAUCUUUUCAACCUUUUUAUUACCGUUCUCAAUCUUGGAACAUGUUUGUUUGCCUUUGUCUCAAUAAUACAACAUGCCCCAGAGUGCUUUGAAAAUUUGCGGAACUGAAUUUGAAAGAGACCCACCAUAAUGUAAUGGUUUCAAACUCUUGGGACUUGAAGAUUAAUAAAUAGAUAGCCGUCUGAAGCUUA